AUGACUGCACGCACUGUCAUCCCAGGCACUCUCCACCUUGUGGACUUGCAGCGUACUUUGGCUGUCAAGCAUGCAGAAGGAGACCUUGCUGAUGUAGUCUUGGUGCCUGCCCCGUCCAAUGACCCAGAUGACCCAUUGAAUUGGUCACCGCGACGCAAGCUGUUGUCGACGAUCUCGCUAUGUGUAUAUCUUUUGAUGAUUGGACUGGCGGUAUCCUGUGUUUACUCGAUAAUCGUGCCGAUCUCAGAAGAUACAGGUCUUACAGUCGCUAAUCUCAACUCUGGAACGGGCUACCAGUUUCUACUGAUGGGAUGGGGCUGCUUGCUAUGGCAGCCCACCGCGCAAACAUUUGGCAAACGACCUGUCUAUCUUCUUUCACUGCUGCUAUCCAUUGGCAUCACUGUAUCGGUACCCUACGUGAGGACUGCAGGUUCUUGGUGGGCGCUCAAGGUUCUUCAGGGGCUUUUGGCGGCUCCGAGUGAGUCUCUCGCGGAGAUCUCCAUAGCCGAUGUGUACUUUUCUCACCAGAGAGGCACGUACAUAGCGAUUUAUGCUUUGACCUUGUACACGGCUGGCUUCCUCGCCCCAGUGUUCUCUGGCUUUAUUAACGAUGGAAUGGGUUGGGAGUGGGUACAGUACUGGUGCGCCAUUUGGCUUGCGAUCGGAUUUGUGUUCUGCUUCUUUUUCCUGGAAGAGACCAACUACAACCGACAUUCGAUUCUCAAUGAGGAAGCACAAUUGGCCGAGGCUACUACUCAUGCACACACUGACGAAGAAGACAAGGCCUACAACGACAAGCCUGCUAUUGUGGAAGAAAACUAUGCUGCCCAAAUGCCGAGCCAUACCCAAUAUCAAAAGAAGAGCUACAUGGCCAAGCUCAAGGUCUUCGACAAAAGGAGACCUGUGCAGCAUUUCUUAUUCGGCGUGGUGCGACCACUCAAACUCAUGACAUUUCCUGUCAUUGCUUAUUGCGGUUUCAACUAUGGUGCUUCGCUGGUCUGGUAUAACGUCCUAAAUGCAACUUCGUCUCUCAUCCUCAGCGGCCCACCAUAUAAUUUCGCUCCUUCCAUGGUGGGAUUGACAUAUUUCUCACCUAUCAUCGGAACUUGCAUUGGCUCUUUCAUCUCUGGUAAGCUGGGUGACCGACUUGUCUUACGACUUGCCCGUCGAAACAAGGGCAUUUGGGAAUCGGAGCAGCGUCUGUGGCUUUACCUCCUGCUUGUUGUCGCCGUGCCGUGGUCAUUGAUUCAAUGGGGCGUGGGCGCAGCUCAUGGUAUUCACUGGUUCGGCCUGGUCUUUGCAAUGGGCGUCACCGGUGUGGCCUGCUCAGUCGGCGCUCAAUUGGCCAUAUCAUAUUGCAUAGACACCUACAAGGAUCUCGGCGCAGAUGCCAUUGUCAGCGUUAUAUGCAUUCGGAACACUAUGAGCUUCGCCGUUGGGUAUGGUGUAACCCCUUGGGUCGUCAAUCUGGGGUAUCAGAAUGCUUUUCUGGUGGCGGCAUUCGCAGGUCUUGCGCAAGUCCUCACUUUCCUCAUCUUCAUCAAAUGGGGCUCCAGAAUGAGGGCGGCAUCUGCUGAACGAUAUCGCCAGGAGGUUCAAAAGGCGGAGAAGUUGGGCAUUGCACAUUAG